UUGUACCUACUUGAUCGAUUUCGUUGAAUCAUUUGUUGGAUUACGGCAUUCAUUUUCAAUUUGUAUUUUUAAACUGUUAAUGUUUCUUACGCUACUGUUUUAGUGCAUUUUCGCUGUGAUGCCCUGGCGUAGUGUUUAUCAUUUAUCAAAGUGUUGCCCAUGCAGCAGGGCCGGCGCUAGGGGGUGGCGAACAGGGCUACCACCAAUGGUUCCGCGAAGCCCUUAUAAUUUGAGCCAUGCCGUGCCUUCUCAUAGUUCGUAAUUUCCAGGCUUUAUAUAUAUUUGAGUACACUAUAGAGCCCCCUUAAAAGCUUUUAGCGUAGUUAGCUUUGUGGUUUUCAGACUUAUUUUUUGGCAAGCAUGAUAUGAGAUUAGCAAAAACCGUGAGAUUAGCAACAACCAUGGGAUUAGCAACGUCCAUGUGAUUAGCAAAAACCGUGAGAUUAGCAACAACCAUGAGAUUAGCAAAAACCAAGCCACAAUGUGUAAUUCGGCUAUAACAGGGUUGUUUUUUUGCUGUUUUUUAAGAUCCAUUAUAACAAUGAUGUGUCCCAUUAUACCCAGUAAGAUCCAUUAUAACAAUGAUGUGUCCCAAGUCCCAUUAUACCCAGUAAGAUCCAUUAUAACAAUGAUGUGUCCCAUUAUACCCAGUAAGAUCCAUUAUAACAAUGAUGUGUCCCAUUAUACCCAGUAAGAUCCAUUAUAACAAUGAUGUGUCCCAUUAUACCCAGUAAGGUCUCAAGUAUGACCAAUGACGUGUCCCAUUAUACCCAGUAAGAUCCAUUAUAACAAUGAUGUGUCCCAUUAUAGCCAGUAAGGUCUCAAGUAUGACCAAUGACGUGUCCCAUUAUACCCAGUAAGAUCCAUUAUAACAAUGAUGUGUCCCAUUAUAGCCAGUAAGGUCUCAAGUAUGACCUAUGACGUGUCCCAUUAUAGCCAGUAAGGUCUCAAGUACGACCAAUGACGUGUCCCAUUAUAGCCAGUAAGGUCCAGUAUAACCAUUACGUGUCUUUAUGUCAGAUCAUCCCGGGUGUAUAAUGUCAAAGGCCCCGCAAAAUUUAACUUGCCCAAGUCCCGGCAAUCCCCCUGGCGCCGGCCCUGCAAGCAGCGGAUAUCCAGCUUUUCCUUCUCUCUGACCAACCAACCGUCCGAGCUUUAAGAGCCUUCUUCAACAGACGAGCUUCGCUUUUGUUUUGCCCUACUUCCUGGUAUCGAACUGAAGCCCACGAGUAUGUAUGUCACGCCCUGGUGUCCACACACCUUACCACACAGCCAAGUUCUUUCAAAGCAGGUAACAUUCUGAUGGCUCAUCUCGAUGUCGGUAAACGGGCAGGUACAUCUGAGUCGAUCUUUACACAAGUGACUGGUGCUUUGAUUCCGUCACCUUCCUUGCCGCUUGUUUGAUUUUAAUUCAUAUAUUUACAUGGAUUGUUUUAAUCGCUUUGUACACUUUUGUAAACUUUUGUAACUGUUUAUCACGACCCAAGCUGGUAAAGUGGGCAUGGCAUUGGAUGUCCUUUUUUUAGUGUGUUUAAAAUCUCUUCUUUGUUUUACAUGCACUGUAGUGGGACGCAGUGAUAAAAUAAAGUUGCUGCGAUAUAGUCUUGUUCAAGAAUUUAAUUUGAAGUAGAAACCGGACAAAUGUAAGCCAUACAUAUUUAUCGGUCGCUGAGUAUACAUAGGCAUAUAAUAGAAGAAGUAAUAUAUAUAUAUAUAUUUAUGUAUACAAAAGUAUACGGGAUUGAAAAGGCAGAUUUAAGUAAAACAAACAAUUAAAUAAGCAUAUGAAAACUUCAUAAAAAUAACGUUUUAAAAGAGUAUUACUUCUGCCGACGUGAAGACUUCACAGCGCAGAGCUACUCCCACCAUCGUUCCGUCAAGGUCACAUCUACCUCAGCCCAAUCUGUCGAGCUAUUUAUAUUCAACAGCACGCAGACUAACUGCUGUGCAUUUUUGGAGAGCUGUACCGGCGUUUAGGAAAUUACUCAUCGCCUGCCUCGAUGUCGAGAGAUUGGAACUGAUGUCAUGCGGUGACCUUAAUCGUGAUACUUUUUUGCGUCAGCAGGUUAUAUAACAGUGGUUCUUAACUUGGGUUCGAUCGAACCCCAUGGGUUCGGGUGAGUCAGUCUCAGGGGUUCGGGGGAGGUCCAAAAAAAAUCAGGAAAAAAAAAAAUGUGUUCCUAUUAAGAAGGGUUCGGUGAAUGCGCAUAUGAAACUGGUGGGGUUCGGUACCUCCAAAAAGGUUAAGAACCACUGCCCUAUGGCCUACUAUUCAAGUAAUGUUAUGAAAAGCAUUAUGGCCUAAGUGGGCCAAUGAAUUUUUACCAGUUUCUUUCGGGUAAUUUUCCGCGGGGAGUGGGGGUAGUAUUUCAGGCGUUCUGGGGCGUGGGGCGGGGCAUUUAUUAGCACCGAAAUUGGGAAUUUUUAUGCCCAGGGCCAGCUCUGACUUCGUCGUCACCGCCAUACUUAACCAUAAAUCCAUUCAUGGUAGUGAAGCCCCCUGCGGGUAUACUUUUAGCCCCAGCUCAUUUUCGUCCCUAGAAUCUUUAUACUCCAACUACGUAUACCAAACUAAAGGAACAUCAUUAUCGUGUCCUUUCGAAGGCGUAAUAUCGUGGGUUAAAAUUGGGAGAUGUGCUAUCCACUGAUUUUUAAAUCAAAUUAAUUACCAAAGUCGUUCACUAUUCAUUAACAAUAUAUAUAUAGCAUGAUGCCUCUAAAGGAGAGAGUCUCCUAGAAGCGAGGGGCCCCCUAGAAACGUGAGGCCCUGUGCCAGUGCCCGGUGGGUCCAUGCCUUAAGAUCGCACUGGGGAAGAGGGGUGGAGGGGCGUGUGCGGUAGAUCUGAGGCUGUCGUCAAGGUAAAUCCAGUACGCACAGGUGUCUAUAACUUGUUAAAAGGUGCUACAAAUCAGAGUUCAGCAACAUUUGUUUCACUCGCGGAAAGCCUAGUGGCGUAGGCAAGGGUUCGGAGUGGGCGGUCCGCACUGGGCGGCAUUUUUUUUUUCUUAUAUUGAGGGGCAACAUUUUAGGCCGACUGGAGAGUUUUUUCGUGGCACUAAACCUGAUUACUCCACUUGGCACACCCACUCCGCUGGGCACACCCACUCCACCGGGAACAUCCGCUCCACCGGGCACACCCACUCCACCGGGCACACACACUCCGCUUGGGCACACCCACUUCACUGGGCACACCCACUUCACUGGCCACACCCACUUCACUGGACACACCCACUCCACUGGGCACACCCACUCCGCUGGGCACACCCACUCCCCUGCGCACACCCACUCCACAGGGCACACCCACUUCACUGGGCACACCCACUUCACUGGGCACACCCACUUCACUGGACACACCCACUCCACUGGGCACACCCACUCCGCUGGGCACACCCACUCCGCUGGGCACACCCACUCCACUGGGCACACCCACUCCACUGGGCACACCCACUCCACAGGGCACACCCACUCCAUAGAGAACACCCAAGUCCUUUCCGAGAAUUUUGAGGCACACUGAAAGUAAAAACAAAUUUCCAUUCGAUCAAAUUACCGUCGAUCAAUUUACCAUCGUCGAAAUUUCUUUCGAUUAAAUUUCUGGUGACCGCUUUUAUUUUAUGCUUUCCUUCACCGGGGGGGGGGGGAUUUUGCGCGGCACACUGGUUGCGGGGCUCUGAUAUAAAUUACACGCAUGUCCGGAUUUAUUUAAAAAUAAAUCGUUAAACCGAAUUUUAAAAAAAAAAAUAUAUUUAUGCAUUUGACAAAAACUGUCGAAAAACAAAUGAAAAUGUUUUUAAAUUGUUUAAAAUUUUAAACUAGAAAUAAAAUUAAGCCAAAACAGACAAAUGACGAACUGGAUUUAUGGCUUCAAAGUCAUUCACGUCUGUGAUGACAUUUUCAAUUCAAACUUUUUUGUUAUCAGAGGCUAUGAGAGUCUAUUGGUAUUUUUCAUCAACACCAUCAUUUUGACUCCAGUGUGCAACAUGCUAAUGGUGUUUAUUUUAACCCAAUAGAGACAGUAUAUUUAUCCGAAAAUGUAUGACGUCGUUGUUAUGAACUCACCCUUACCAGUUAGAGGCUAUACCAUGAGGUCACUGCUGACUAUGAGUAAUGUAAUAAACAAAUGCCGAGCACAGAACCACAAGUCACGCGAAUGCGAUGGUGGGAAUGGAGAUGCAAGAGGCAUGAGGGGGGCGCAAUGUUCACAUGGUUUGUAAGGAAAUGCCGUUAGCAGAGGAGACGCAGUGUUUGAGAUUGUAAUGAAAUGGGUUAAGUAAGGACGCAACCAAACUUGACAUGCGAAAAAGGUUGUUUUUAGAAUCAAAGCCUAAUGACCGUUGAACUGUCAUUUUUCCAGUCAUAUUAUUGAUCAACAUAAUUAUAAUUGUGUUGCUAACAUUACAACUUCACAAUGUAUUUUAUACAUUUUUUUAUGACGUGGUAGGAUAAUGGUUCCCACAAUGAUACAAUUAUAGCAAUGUCUUUUUGCUAUAGAUUCCACAUGAAUUAACCCCAACAAUGUCCAUUGAGCAAUGAAUAAGCUAAUCGCCAAGUUACGUGAAGAAACGACUAAAUUAUUAUUAUUAUUAUUGUUGGUGGUGGUGGUUUUAUAUAGCGCGAUACCCCAGCCUAGGGCUUGGCUCACCACGCUGUACAUACAAUUUAACAAACGUAAUCAUGAACUUAAAAAUUAAGCAUAAAUUGAUUAAAUAAACAAAAAAAAAAUGUAUAUUCACUCCACACAUUCAAGAACUAUUUACAUGUAUAGCCAUGGACGGCUACCCAGCAGCAUCGUUUAAGCGAUUUGGGGGGGGGGGGGNGGGGGGGGGGGGGGGGGGGGUAUCAGUCAGGAUAGUAACGUUUAAAGAGAUGUGUUUUGAGUGCAGUUUUGAAGGCUGUGCUUUCAUUAUGGCCAGUGUUCGAUUUAUUCUUAAUAAACAUUUUAAACCAGACACUCAAAAAUGGAUCCUUAUCAUAUAUUUUACUUUAGGAAAACCUCACAAUGGGCAACUAGUCCUCCUAACUGAUGAGAGUCAGAUACACCCUCAUCGAACAAAGGUAAUAUACUUGUUCGGGUCAUAGAUUUCACAAGCUUCGUGACACCCCCCCCCACCCUCCACCCCCAAAAAAAACCGAGAAAGAUGAUUAAGGCUGAAACCAAACCAAGCGAAGACCGCUGGGGGAAACAAAUGCACCAAAAACUGAAACUAAAAUAGUUUUAAUGCCUAUAUAUGUAAAAACAUUUUUACGAUACAACUCAGUAUUUCAUUAGUUCUAUUUGGCCACCAGUUCAUUUACCGCAUUUCUUCUUUCCUUGGCAAGCGUAAAUACUCUCUGACAUGCAGUGAAGUAGUUACAUAUCCUUCUUCCCACAAUAGAGUUUACAUGUAUCACACAACUUACAUAUCCCUCUUCCUACACCAGUGCUUACAUGUAUCAGACAGCUUACAUAUCCCUCUUCAUACACCAGUGCUUACAUGUAUCAGACAGCUUACAUAUCCCUCUUCCUACACCAGUGCUUACAUGUAUCACACACGCACUUGAGCGUAGCUAGGGAAAGCGCCACUCAGGAUGGGCCAAGAUUUUUUUCCGCCUCACUACCACGAAAAACCUCUGUAGUUGGAGGAAAAUGGCGUCCCUUCAAGUAAAGAAAAGAAAGGGCCGCCCACACGUGCCACCUCCUCCGAGUUUCGACUGCGCAGGGGCCGCUACUGGUCUUAGCCCGGCGCUGCUGGCAACGUUCUUAAAGGCUGCAGAAAAAUAACUAUAUGUUAAGCAGAUAGUGCCUCUAAGUAUUUUGUUUUUAAUUGAUUUAGAAUUGUCCAUGUUAUAAUUAUUUUGAGCAAUUGCCCCCCAUGUCAUGGUAAGAUUUUCAUAUCUUCCUUUGUUGCAGGCAUUUCAACAUUCAGUAUUAAAAAAAACAAAACAACUAUUGGAACAGAAGCCGUGUUAAACACCUGCUGUUGAAGCCAAACCGGUUAAAAUGACAAGCUCUGAAAUGUCUCUGGGAUCUGAACACGUGCAGAGACUGCUCCAGUGCGCCGUGUGCCUAGAGAGAUUCAAACAGCCUAAGAUCCUCCCGUGUCAGCACACUUUUUGCCUGACCCCGUGCUUGGAAGGACUGGUCGACAGGAGAACACGAUCCAUUCGAUGCCCAGAAUGCCGUGCCGACCAUUUUGUUCCCCGGAACGGCGUCACCAGCUUCCCCAACAACCUUACCGUCAUCGGGUUUCUCGAGCUGUCAGGUUCUUCUGGCAGAGCCUUGGAAAACAUGUCGAGAAGUGAGGCCGGGGAAGUUCUGCAGACAUCACGCAUUCGAGAGUUGCUGCAGCCUCAGAGAGCUUCAAGUCCGCAGCAGAUUCCCCAAGACGCAGCGGGCGCCGAAGGACCAGGCUGUGCAGUAUGUCGUAAUGAGGGACGGAUCACACGGUGCUGUCAUUGUGAUCAACUGGUCUGCGAAAUAUGCCGUCGUGGUCACAUGCAACAGGUAGAAUACUUCUUUUGUUAGUUUUAGCGUUGCCGGGUCGAUCUAACUGAUGUACAAAUAAAAUAAUCUGAUAUAUAUUUUUUUAACGAGGAUCACCUAUAGCCUAGCGGGAACAAAAAUUAUUAUUUCGAUUCACGAAUUCCCAUGUAACGUUCAUCAGUUAUAAACAUCUUAAGUUAUAUCAAAUAAAGUUCACAUUAAAAUUAGGGAUUGGGCUUAUUAUUUUCCUUUCAUAAUCGCUUUUAACAGUAUGCCAUAAUUAUAAUGUUAUCUCAACAGGUCAGAGCUGAUGUAACAAGAAUGAUCAGCCAAGUUCGACGUGGCAUGCCCCAUAUUUCAGAACAGAUUAUCGCUAUAGGCAGAAAGGGCAGCCAACUGCAAAGCAACUGUGAAAGUGUGAAAGUAGAAAUCACGGAAGCUCUAGAGAAACAUAUAAGAGAAUUAAAGAUAAGAGAAAGAACUUUAAGAGAAGACGUAGACACAUUUUUGGCCGGCGAGCUCCGGAAUUUAAGGACACACCAGGAAAAUGCCGAAGUAGAGAUCGCCAGCCUUACUAGUUUCUGUGACACGGCUGAAUCUUUCCUAAGCACGGGGCGUCCCGUACCAGAAGGGGAUUUAGUUGAGAUGAGAGGCCAGUGCUUUGAACACCUUGAGAAUGUUCAGUGUUACGAGGACGGCACUAUUAGACCUCCAAAUGUCAAGCAAAUUCAAGCAUCUCUGGAAAGCCCGUUUCUAUCAUCCACAAUCAGCAACUUUGGAGAUCUUGUCAUCACGACAAGGGCGAACCAAACACAAAGGCACACGUCUGUAGAUGAAAGACUUGAACCCGUACACAGAUCACUGACGUCUUUACUACCCCAGGGCAACGUGAGUGCGAGCAGACUCAGCGAUGCUUAUCAAGGGGAGGUCAGGGCAUUGUCCGUGUCCCCUAGAUCAACAUUUUUAUCUACUCUCAUGGACAGCAGUGCAUUGGACGAGAGCUCACAGACAGACCCAAGGACAUUAGCUAGUUCCCCUGGAGUUUCGCAAAGGCAAUUAUCUUCACCCAAUCGAACUUCUCAGGUAAAAAUUCAAAUUUUUAUAUUUCUUAAUUUUCGUUAACUACUUUUAUCUUUUUUAAAAACUACAAGUAAAUCAUUUUAAUAAUUUGAAUAUGUGUAAUGAGUGUCUACCUUGGAUUUUAAAAAAACACAAAAAACCAAGAGUGUAGUUGAAAAUAAGGUGAAAUUGCUAAAAGACUUUUGUUUUAAUAGGUCCGGUUUGAGGAAGAAGAACCUCCAGCUGACAACUCAAGAUGGAACCUUGCGCUCCAGCCAACACACCCCCACAGAAGAAGUAGGUACGAGAGAAGGUCGGACACAAGAAUCACAUCCACUCCUGGCGGAAGGCUUCAGACCCUUUCUCAGAUGCGUGAUCGAACUCGCCACCUUAGCCUCGGGGCUCUACCAGCCACCAAUGAAUAUUCUGAAGAAAAUACACCAGAGAGGGAUACUGAAGGUCCGGUCGGUAGAUCGUUUAACAGACCCGCAACGAAUGAGGAUAGAGAGGAGGUUUCUCCCGGUGGCGAUCUCUCUGUCACAUUUCCAGGAGCACGCUCUUACAAUUUCCUUCCCUCGACGCUGCGCUACAACGCCUCGGCCGCAGAUGCUGGCGACAGCCAAAGUGAUCCAGUUUCCGGUUUCAACAGCAACAGCCCCAGUAUAUAUGUGAAUACACCACGAAACAAGUACAACCAAAAGGGUACGGCGGUGGUGAGGUUUGGACAGAGGGGAAAUGAACCUGCUAGUUUCACCUGGCCCAGGGGUGUGUCCGUGUCUCCUUUAGACGACAACAUUUAUGUCUCUGACAGCAGCAACCACAGAGUCCAGGUGUUUGACAACUCUGGAAAGUUCUUGAAGACAUUCGGGCAGUACGGUCAGAGCGAGGGCGAAUUUGACUGCCUUGCGGGUGUAGCAAUAAAUGGAUUGGGCCAGGUGAUCAUUGCAGACAGGUACAACCACAGGGUCCAGGUAUUUGAUAGAAAUGGUCGAUUUCAGAGUGCCUUUGGAUGCGAAGGAUCCGGAGAAGGCCAGCUCAACUACCCAUGGGGUGUGGCGUGCGAUAACAUGGGCUUUAUAUACGUCUGCGACAAAGAAAACCACCGCAUUCAAGUCUUCCAGUCCAACGGAAAUUUCGUAAGGAUGUUUGGACACUUUGGGAGUCGUCCGGGUCAGUUUGAAAAUCCCCAUUACAUUGCUGUGAGUCCUGACAAUAAGGUCUACAUCAGUGACAGCAGUAAUCACAGAAUACAAGUUUUCAGCAUGUAUGGAGAUUUCCUUUUCGCCUUCGGCAGCUGUGGGGUUCUCAGGGGACAAAUGAAAUUCCCAAGAGGAAUAGCCAUUGACAAUCAAGGAUUUGUUGUAGUAGCUGACAGUGGCAACAAUAGGAUCCAAAUAUUUCGAGCUGACGGCAGAUUCUACUCCAUGUUUGGCAGCUGGGGUAAUGAAAACGGACAGUUCAAAGGGCUGGAGGGUCUUACCAUCCUGGCCAAUGGGAAUGUUGUGGUUAGUGACCGAGAAAAUCAUCGCAUUCAAAUUUUUUAACGUUGAAACGUUCACAGUAGCACUGACCAUGUUUCUGUUGUGCGGUGUUAUAAAUACUGUAUUAAAAUGUGUACCGCCCAUCCCAGUUUGCAUAUAGUUCAUUCCUAAGGUGAUGUGUAAACCAGUUAUAGAGUGAUUAUUACAUUGCUGUAAGUUGUACAGAAACUGAAUUUUUAAUUGAAAAUUGUGAAGUUUAUUUUGUUAAGAUUAGGGUUGAGUCACAGAGUAUUACAGAAACUAAAGCCAAACAAUGCAUUUUAAGGAUGUCACAAGCAAACAUCAUUUCAUGACUAAAUGAUUCCUGAUACUUAAGCUGUCUCAUGUUUCCUGAUCUUUGUGUUCCAAAACAUAUAAUUAAAAUAUUUGUUGAAAUUUCAUUAAUACAAUGAUACAGUAAUGAUGCAGCUUUAAAGUUUAAAGUGUUACUUUAAAAAUAUCAUGAUGUCUUCUUUACAUCUUUCCAAAUUUAUCAUUGACUCUUGAAUGUGCAAAAAUUGGUGUGAUACCUAAAAAUUUGUGUUAAUUAUAUUUUGUAACUCUGUUUUUUUUCUGUGUGAUAAAUACUUUUUCCACUAUAGUGAUGUGACAUUGGCAGGCACACUAGUAAGUGAUGGAAUAGAUAAAAUUGUACUGAAGCAUCGUGUAGAGUGAUUUGUUUAAUGGAGUGUUGUAAAG